AUGACUUUGGUGGCAAGACCCAUUCCUCCUACGCCUCCCCAGUCCACAGACGGACAUACUUUGCCUGAAGAGUCCUUCCAAGGCCCUGGAGCGUACCGACCUGUGUGCAUCAACAUGCAGAUUCCUAGUGACGAAAUCAACAGUGGUCACCCCCAAGAAAUCCACUACGGUACUCCUCCUUUCUAUACCGCCCCCAGUUUUCCUCACAACAUGCCUCCUCAAUCGAUUGGGAUGUCUGGUACCCAGGCCACCACGCCUCCUCCGGUAUCUGAUGAAGAUUACAUCCCAAUGGGGUCACCUACCAUGAUGACCCCUUCGUCAUCUUGGUCACAGUCCCCGAGCACUCGUGCCAAAGCAUCAGGCAGGGAAGCACCAGCCAGGGCAACACCAGUAAGGGCAGCCAGACAGCGACGCCAACGUAACCGGAGAGAACUCUCCGAUUCAGGUAUCAAGCUCGAUGGACCCAUCAGUCAACUUACUGAAUCUUUUCACACUACUCCUAUCAAAGACAUGGACGCCUGGGUGUCUCGAUCUGCUCUUGAGAGACAGGACGAGGUUCGCAAGAAGAAUGGGAAGAUCUCUCGACCCAUGAAUUCCUUCAUGCUCUAUCGAUCUGCAUACGCAGAGCGCACCAAGAGGCUAGUGGGCGCGAACAACCAUCAAAUCGUCUCAAAGAUCGCGGGCCAGGGCUGGAAGAUGGAGCCCAUUGAGAUUCGCCGAAAAUACGAAGAACUGGCAAAGUUAGAACGUGACAACCAUGCCGCAACACAUCCAGACUACAAGUUCUCCCCUAACAAAGCCCCAACCAGCAACAGCCGACGUGAUAGCGGCUCUCCUUCGCUCACGCCAGGACAUAUCGCCGGUGAAGGGGGUUUCUCUGACAUGGAAAGUGACUUUGGAUCGACUGCGUACCGCGGGUCUUCCUACGCCCACUCACGGUCCCAAAGCUUCGAAGAGACCUACUACGAUAGUAGCCGGGAUUCCUCGCCCUUUGGGCCCGACUCCAUGAUAACACCUGGAUAUGUUCACCCCUCCUGGCAAAACACAAGCCACCCAAGUGGCCUCCCAAUUAUGCAGCCCAGCUCUCUACAGGGUUCCGAAUCCUACGGUGGAGACAUGCAUUACCGCCCCAUCAGCCCAAACCAGCAGGAUAUGGGAUAUGGCUCUUCCCUUGCUGGGCUCCCUGGUGCUGCUCACCACGAGUUGCUCCAACCUCAGAUUACCCACGGUCUCCCCAUGCACGACAUGGAUCCCCGGCUUCUUAGCAACGGCGGCGAGUCUUCUGGAGUUGCCAACAUGGCCGGUCCUUCCUACACCGCCACUCCUGGCUCAUACUCUACCUGGGCUGACGAGACUCAACCCGGCUUUUACGCAGCCUCAUCUGCGCCGUCCAUGUCUCCUAGCACCGUUUCAUACGCUCAUCCUAGCAUGACCUCUGCCUACCUCCCCAGCAUGCAGAGCCUUGAGGGCCGGGAUUCAUCGUGGGAUAUGCCUCGCCAUGAAAGCAUGGCUGACCCCACUGGCGCUGAGUUUGAGUUGUGGUGCUCUGCUGAGCCCAACUCCAACAGCUACUAA